GUCGGGAGUUGGUCGAGCGACUCCAGGAGAAGCUCAAGGCUUUGAACAAUGAGCUGGCCGCUCGCAAGGAGGAGGCGGACCGAUGUAAGCAGGAUCUCCUCGACGAGCAGGCCAAGAAUCGUCGCCUAGCCGAGAAGAGGCGCCACAGGGGCGGCGAGGAGAUCGUGUCGACUCAAGAUGAUCUCCAACGUGAGCAGGCGAUGGAGCUGCAGACUGCCAAUGUGCGGCGCUUCAUGGAAACCACAUUACAGGAGCAGGUGCAACGGAACCGAACUCAAAACGAGCUGGGUAUUCGCAUCUACGACGAGGUCGAAUUGAUGGUGGAAAAGUCUGCAGAGGAGCAAGCUUUGGAAAGUAGAUACAUCGAUACAGUCUUGGUCACAUACUGCAUUCCGAACUCCGAGCUCAAGUACAACCUUAGCUUCCGCGUGGACAAGGACAUGAAGUCCAAGAACUUGCGCGAGGACGCUUGCUUGUACUGGGGCCUCUCGGAGGUGGACUUCAUCCUGAAGACCAUGAGCAAUGCGAAGGUCCAUGACGACCUCACGAUCCAGAGCUGCUUCAAUGAGAACGAGGAUGCUCACUUUAGUUUGGUGCAGAAGACGCCGAAGAACACGUCCAUGAUGGACAAGGAGUUGACCAAUAUCUUGCCCAAAGCAGGUCGGAAGGCACGACGAGGAGGUGCCAACAAGUCCAGCCACGACGCCGGCAAGGGGGAGGGCGCCGCAGCAGGAGGCUCUAGCGGGGAACUCGCCGAGCAGAUGAUGUUUCUUCCUGGCCUUUUUGCGUUCAUGACGCAGCGUGACAGGAACGUGAAGCAGCACUUGCAGCGUAUGAAGCUGCGAAAUAUCUUCAUCUAUCUUACUCUUCUCGUCUUGGCGGUCUACGACAUCUAUCUGAUGCAGCCGCCCGGAGUGAACUACUUAUGCCGCGAAGGAGCUGUUCUCCCUCUCACCUCUGGUGAUGUGCAUACCGUAGACUUCGAAGAUAUCCGAACCCCGAGUUCGGUUUGGGCGUGGUUGACCGACACCGUGGCAGCCGAGCUGUUUACGGCCGACUCUCUGCUUCGCAGCGGAAACUAUGCUGUUGGCUUCCUCCAGGUUCUCGUCCAAAACGUCCAGCCGGCAACAGCAGCACAGUGCCCUCAGGAGGACACAUCCUUCACGCUGCCUCCCAAUGUCUCCUGUUAUGCCAUGGCAUACACGGACGACACGGCGGCGACAGCUAGCCUCGCAGAAGUUUACACCUACUUCCAGGGCAAGAUUGGCUUGGACGGUCGCUCCCAUCAGAUCAGCCCAUGGCAGUGGGGUCCGUCGCGCAUGGCUUCGCCAGGAGGAGAGGCAUCCACACAGAUGACAUUCUCCGCUGUGGAUGGUUCGGGUUACAGUGUCGAGUACAGCUUGCAGCACCCGUCUGCAGACACGGUUCGACAGGCUUUCCUGGAAGACGUGGCCUUCCUGGCCCGAGAGAGCUGGCUGGACACGCAAACAAGAGCGGUCCAUGUGCAGUUCACGCUGUACAACCCCAACUACGACCUUUGGAUUCCGAGCAGGUACUCCUUCGAAAUGACGGGCUUCGGUACAGUCACGCCGAAGAUCGACGUCUCCACCUUCAGGCCCGGCAUGAUCGAGUACGGCAGCGGCUUUGCACAACUUUCGGACAUCGUGAGGGCACUCUUCGUGCUCUACAUUUGUCUUUUCCAGGUCUAUUGGGACUUCAUGUACGAGCGGAGGGUCAACGGCGCUGGGUGGAAGCACUUCUUCACCAUUCAGGGCGCAGUGGACCUGAGCAUCGGGAGCGUGUUCUUUGCUAUGUUUGGCCUGCGCUACACGACAUUCAAUGUCGGGUCGGUUAGCUAUCUGGCCGACCAUUCCAAUGGUGUCCUUGACGCGACAGAGCUUUCCCAAACCUACAACCAGCACCUUGCUCUGGAUGCUGCGAUGGCGGCGUUGGUUCUUUACCGCGUCCUCUAUUUCCUGAAGGUGAACCGCCACGUCUUCAUCAUCUGGACCUCGGUGGCACGGGCCGCGAUGAUCGCAUUGAGGCUGCUGGCCGUUAUUGCACCCCUCCUCGGUGCACUUACGGUGCUGAGCAUGGGGGUGUCUUUGAACUUCGACCAGUACGCCAGGACGUUUGGGUCGGCUCUGACACAGAACCUGCUCCUGAUCUUCGGUGAUGACGAGACGAUCAAGGCAUGGGCCGGAACGCUGGUGCUCUCCGUAGUUGAAUGCGGCGGUGUAGACGGGAGGAGGAGAAGAAGAAGGAAAAUAAUGAAAAGAUGA